AUGUCUCUGCCCUUCCGAAAAGAGUUGGAGAAAUAUAAGAAUAUCAAUGAAGAUGAAAUACUCAGCAAACUCUCAGAGGAUGAAUUGAAACAGCUAGAGCAUGUUCUUGAUGACCUGGACCCUGAGAAUGCCUUGCUCCCAGCAGGAUUUCGGCAAAAGGACCAGACCACUAAACCUGCCACGGGCCCUUUUGACAGAGAACGCCUGCUCUCGUACUUGGAGAAGCAAGCGCUUGAGCACAAAGACAGAGAAGACUUUGUACCAUUUACAGGGGAAAAGAAAGGAAAAAUAUUUAUCCCUAAAGAAAAGCCCAUAGAAACCCGUACAGAAGAGAAAGUGACCCUGGAUCCAGAACUAGAAGAAGCCCUGGCCAGCGCUUCAGAUACUGAGCUCUACGACCUUGCAGCUGUUCUUGGAGUGCACAACAUGGUCAACAACCCAAAAUUUGAUGAAGGAGGAGCCCGCAGUAAAGAUGGAAAAGGAACCGUGAGAAAUGUGGUGAAAGGUGAAAAGGUCAAGCCCAUCUUUGAGGAGCCGCCUAAUCCGACCAACGUGGAAGCAAGUUUACAGAGGAUAAAAGCAAACGAUCCUAGUCUCACAGAAAUUAAUCUCAACAACAUAAAGAAUAUUCCUAUUCCAACACUGAAAGAAUUUGCAAAAGCUUUGGAAAGCAACACACAUGUGAAGACAUUCAGCCUUGCAGCUACUCGAAGCAAUGACCCUGUAGCUAUUGCAUUUGCAGAUAUGUUGAAAGUGAACAAAACACUGAAGAGUCUGAAUGUAGAAUCCAACUUCAUCACUGGGACGGGUAUUUUGGCACUAAUUGAUGCACUGAAAGAGAAUGAAUCCCUGACAGAGAUUAAAAUUGACAACCAGAGGCAGCAGCUGGGGACAGCUGUAGAGAUGGAGAUUGCCAAGAUGCUGGAGGAGAACUCCAAGAUUCUCAAGUUUGGAUACCAGUUCACAAAGCAAGGUCCAAGAACCAGGGUAGCAGCAGCUAUCACUAAAAACAAUGAUCUGGUUCGUAAAAAGCGGGUGGAAGGAGAGCGGCAGUAG